CCAUUUCUCUGACACUUUUGAACACCUGUAGCAUAAAUAGAGCUGAUUCUUUCUUUCCCUACUGUCAGUCAGCCUGGGAUUCUUGGGUCUGUUUAAUCAGUUCCCUCUCGACUGUCUGCUUUUCCAAUUUGACUUGCUGCCUCCUCUCUCACUCUCCCUGAGGUCAUUGUUGUCUGUCCUCCUACUCCAGUGAGAACUUCACUGCACCCGAAUCCUGACCAGUUGGAAUUGUUCAUUUUCUUCUGUUGGAACGCUUCUAGAGACUGAACUGUUACCUCGGGUCUGGUGUCAGGUGGUGGUGGAGGAGAUACUUGCAAGAAGAUGAACUAAGCCACUAACUCAGUUACAAGAUUUUUUAAAAAGCCUCGUGGGGCAUAGCACCAUCGCUAAAUGCCUGGUACAUUUAAGAAGCCUGACUGCGGGAGAGGCCCUCUACAAACGCUGUUACCUGGGAUCUGAGAACUAAUGCCAUUUUCCAUCUCAAGAUGCCUUUGCCGUUUUGACAAAUGCAAACUGACCCUUCUCGAGGCCACGACAGAAGGGGAAUCAUGACUGUUUGAAGCCUGGAAGACUGCCCUUAAUUAAGGAAAAUCCUCGAUCACUGUCUGAAAUGCUGAGAAAGUUGUUGCGAAGGAGACUUUUCUCUUAUCCCACUAAGUACUGCUUCUUGCUUCUUGUGUUUUCCCUAGUCACCUUCUCUGUUUUAAGAAUUCAUCAAAAGCCCGAAUUUGUAAGUGUUGGGCAUUUGGAGCUGGUUGGGGAGAAUCCUAAUAGUAAUAUUAAUUGUACCAAAAUUUUACAGGGGGAUGUAGAUGAAAUCCAAAAGGUACAGCUUGAAAUUCUAACGGUGAAAUUUAGGCAGCGCCCUCGGUGGACAACCAGCGACUAUAUAAACAUGACCAGAGAUUGCAAUUCUUUCGUCAAGAGGCGCAAAUAUAUCGUAGAGCCCCUUAGUAAAGAAGAGGCAGAGUUUCCCAUUGCAUAUUCUAUAGUGGUUCAUCACAAAAUCGAAAUGCUUGACAGGCUCCUGAGGGCCAUCUAUAUGCCUCAGAAUCUCUACUGCAUUCACGUGGACAGAAAAUCAGAGGAUUCCUUUUUGGCCGCGGUGAUGGGCAUCGCCUCCUGCUUCAGUAACGUCUUCGUGGCCAGUCAGCUGGAGAGCGUGGUGUAUGCCUCUUGGAGUCGGGUUCAGGCCGACCUCAACUGCAUGCAAGACCUCUACCGGAUGAGUGCAGACUGGAGGUACUUGAUAAAUCUUUGCGGCAUGGAUUUCCCUAUUAAAACCAACCUGGAGAUUGUCCGGAAGCUCAAAUCGUUAAUGGGUGAAAACAGCCUAGAGUCCGAGAGAAUGCCAUCCAAUAAAAAAGAAAGGUGGAAAAAGCAUUAUACAGUUGUUAAUGGGAAGCUGACCAACACGGGGACGGACAAAAUGCACCCUCCUCUUGAAACGCCCCUGUUCUCGGGCAGUGCCUACUUUGUGGUCAGUAGGAAGUAUGUGGGCUAUGUGCUAGAGAAUGAAAAGAUCCAGAAGUUUAUGGAGUGGGCCAAAGACACCUACAGUCCAGAUGAGUAUCUCUGGGCCACUAUCCAGAGGAUCCCCGAAGUCCCAGGCUCACUGUCCCUAAGCCAGAAGUAUGACAUGUCUGACAUGCACGCGAUCGCGAGGUUCGUCAAGUGGCAGUACUUUGAAGGUGAUGUCUCCAAGGGGGCCCCCUACCCCCCCUGCAGCGGGGUCCACGUGCGUUCUGUGUGUGUCUUCGGAGCAGGUGACUUGAACUGGAUGCUACGAAAGCACCACUUGUUUGCCAACAAGUUUGACACGGACAUUGACCUCUUUGCCAUCCAGUGUUUGGAUGAGCAUCUGCGGCAUAAAGCCCUGGAGACGCUGAAACGCUGACUCUUCAUCGUAGGCCACUUGAGAAAUAAAACCCAUGCGUGAGACGAGACGCACCCCAUCCGAUUCUUCUGCCUUGUUCAUACACAUCCAAGGAACUGUAGGGGGCGCCCUUGGGGGUGGGGACUCCCAACUGUGCGUAUCCUCCAAGAUCUGUGGUUUCUCCGGAGCACAGUGGGCUAGAAAGGUUAUAGCAUCACAUGUUGACCUAGAGUUAGCAUGGGGCCAGGACGGGCCGUGAGUGGCCCUGGUGGCUGGGGAAGAGACGGUGCGAAAACCAGCCUGUUGAAAGAGCUCAGGGACUUAACGAAAGGAUUUCGUCUGUGCCAAAAUUACUUUGAGAGCUUUAAAUACGACAGUUUUCUUGAUCUGAAUAAAUUUGUAGCAACAACCAAUUGUAAGGAUAUAAUUUAUCUUGCAGGAUUUAUUCGGUGACAUAAGGAGUUUGACUUUAAGUGAUCGUUGUAAAUAACUUUGUCGUAACAUUGUGCUGUGUGUGUUAUCAGUAUGUGUCAUCUCAGGGAACUUGAAAAAGGGGGCUUGAUUGAACAUGAAUAUUUCUGACUAAUUUUCCCUUCCAACAAUGUAUAGAUGUUUUUUAAAACAAGAAAGUGAUCAUGUCUAGUUUAGUUGAUUCUGUGAAUCAUCUUAGCUUAUUAGAAAAAAAUCUCUUAGGUUAUUUAAAAAGUUAAGAUAUCUUUGUUGUUCUAGUGUCUACAGAGAGACACUUUAGUUUUUCCAAAUAUUUUUCUCUACUUUCUACCCCCCCCCCCCCCGGUCUCCUCAGACCCCGCUAUCAAGCUGUACUGUAUAAAAACUUGUUUUCAAGGGCGCCUGGGAGGCUCAGUUGGUUGAGCGCCCGCCUUCGGCUCAGGUCACGAUCUCGCGGUUUGUGGGUUCGAGCCUCCUGUCGAGCGGGCUGUGUGCUGACAGCUCAGAGCCUGGAGCCUGCUUGGGACUCUGUGUCUCCCUCUUUCUCUCCCCCUCCCCCCCUCAAACGCUGUCUGUCUCUCAAAAAUAAACAAACAUUAAAAGACAUGUUUUUAAAAACACCUUGUUUUCAUGGUGCCCCAUGUGACUGCCUCAGUUCUCUUUUGUGAUUCCAGUGAUAGCAAUCCGCGCAGGGAUCUCAGACAGAAAGGGGAAGGUAGGUAUGGGGAGUGGCACGAACGGGCCAUGUGUGGGCAAUUUCUGAGGGCUCUGAGGAGUUUUUAGCCAGCAGUCUGUACUAUUUCCAGGUAUCAAGGCUGUUGCUCUUUGGAUCCACUUGUGUCCAGCCUCCCAGGACCUUACGUCCUAGUGUCACCUGUGUCUCCCUUUGAGAAGGACUGGCUUCUGCUGUCCCUGCGUCCUCAUGCUUCCUGCCCCUCCGUCGGUCCUUAGCCCUUGGAUUACAAGUUGCCUUCUCUCAGAACCCAACCCCUUGCUGUUAUUCCACAUGCGUCCUCGAAGGCCUGGGGAUCCUGAGGGGCACCCCGGGUUUGGGGCACACGGUUUCAGUGUUGGUAUGAUUCACAGCAUAUUGGUUUUUUGUUCUACUUUCCCCCCAAAAGGCCAGUGACUUGAGGUUGCUCUCGUGCCAUCUCCUAGCUCAAAGAUAACGAAGAUUAGAAAGAAGAGAGAAGAAAAAAACACAAAACAAAAAACGUGCCCUUUUGCUAAGCUGAUACUGUUCAGCCAAAGAUCUAACAGGAAAUGUGACGCUUCAUCAUUUGGCUGAAACUUUAAACAACAGUCAAAACUACGUGCUUUAUUGUAAAGCAUAGCCAAUGAAACCGGUAACAUAGCAAAGUCAUAACAUCAAACAGUUUCCAGGCACUCAACUGAGAAAACAUUUUUUUAUUCCUUAAAGUUAGAAAACGUUCUCGUUUUAUGGAGAGAGCUUUGUUAUCCUGACCCUCCUGAAUGAAUGUUUCACAUUUUUUGAACCUUUGUCAUGUGUAAACGUGCCAAUAGGUAGACUUCUGUGUUUUGCAUGAUUAAAUAGGGUAGCCGACGUUGGACCAAGAAAAACGUAACUGGAAACUCAAAAGAUGAUGUCAGUGAGGGCAUUAUAUGAUAGUGCUGUCUCUUGCCAUCUAAAUCAGUUUUUUCUUUUAACACCUGUCAGAUGUUUCUCCCGUGCUCUUAGUAGAUGGAUUUACCUAUUAGAUGGGUCCCUUUUUUUUUUCUCUAAAAUCAGUGAUACUCAUUGACAAAUACUUUGCGUCUAUGUCUUAUGUUUUUACUUCAUUCAUGGUGUCUUUUAUGGACAGUUUUUUUCAUUUCUUAUUUUUGAAAAUUGGCAAAUUUACCGAAAGUUAAAAAUAAUAGUACAGUGACCACCAUAUAACCUUCACCUAGAAUCGCUGGUUACUAACAUUGUGCCCCAUUUGCUUUAAAUUACAUGAUAGAUUUUGGAGUUUAGCAAAAUUGAUGAUUAAGUCUUAUCUUUUUAAUUUACAAAUAUCCAAGGUUAUCUCAACACUCUUUUUUGUAGCGUGACUGCAUCUGAUUUGCAUUUAAAUGGACAGGUUUUGAGAGAUUUUUCUCCACGGUAGACAUAAAGACUUUAGAGUCUCAUUUCCCCAAGUCUCACAUGAAAACUACCUACUGUGAUACCUCAACUUUCUAGAAUGGCUCUCGGUGAGAUAUGUCUGAACGUAACCCUAUUGCUAAUGCCUGUUAUAGGGAUUAUAUAGAAUUUGUUUAUUGUGACUCCCUUUUAUACAUUUUAGCAUGACUUAAAUAAAAUUCGUACUACUGAGA